UGACCGCCUCGGCUCGCCCCGCGCCGCGUCCCCGCCGGCGGCCGAGCAUGCCCGGCGCGUCCCGCUGAUGGCGCCGCUCCCCCGCCGGGCGCCGCUCUGGGCGCUGCUCCUCCCCCUGCCAGGAGUGUGGUGCUUCAGCGAGCUCUUCUUUGCGAAGGAGCCGCAGGACGUGACGGUCUCCAGGAAGGAUCCGGUGGUCUUAGACUGCCAGGCCCGCGGCGAAGCGCCGAUAACUAUCACGUGGCUGAAAAACGGAGGCAAAGUGUCUGAAAACGAGCGGAUCUACACCUUGUCCAACGGCUCGUUGUACAUCAGCGAGGCGGAAGGAAAGAAGGGAGAGCCGUCCGAUGAAGGAUUUUACCAGUGCUUGGCUCUCAACAAGCACGGGGCCAUUCUCAGUCAGAAAAGCCACCUCACGCUAGCAACCAUUUCUGCAUUUGAAGUCCAGCCACUUUCAACUGAGGUGCAAGAAGGUGGGGUAGCUCGAUUUGCCUGUAAAAUAACAGCAAACCCUCCUGCUAUCAUCACGUGGGAAGUGAAUCGAACAGCUUUACCUUUAGUCACAGACAGGGUAACUGCUCUACCGACAGGAGUUCUUCAAAUCUAUGGCGUUGAACAGAGAGAUGCUGGGAAUUAUCGAUGUGUUGCUACAACGAUAGCCAAUAGACGUAAAAGUACUGAGGCAGCUCUAAGUGUUAUUCCAGCAUCCGACUUGAAGCCUUUUCACAAGCCAGCUAUAAUAGCUGGUCCUCAAAACAUUACAGCGUCUCUUCAUCAAACUAUCAUACUGGAGUGUGUUGCCACAGGGAAUCCAAAGCCGAUCAUCUCAUGGAGCCGGUUAGACCAUAAAUCCAUCGAUGUCUUCAAUACCCGUGUCCUCGGAAAUGGGAACCUCAUGAUCUCGGACGUGAAAGUGCAGCAUGCAGGAGUGUACAUCUGUCGAGCCACUAUUCCAGGCACACGAAACUUCACGGUCGCGAUGGCAACUCUCUCUGUGCUGGCUCCCCCUUCGUUUGUCGAAUGGCCGGAAAGUUUAACAAGGCCUCGAGCUGGUACUGCUCGUUUUGCCUGUCAGGCGGAAGGAAUUCCUGCCCCCAAAAUUUCAUGGCUGAAAAAUGGAAGGAGAAUACACUCCAAUGGUAGAAUAAAAAUGUACAACAGUAAAUUGGUGAUUAACCAGAUCAUUCCUGAAGAUGAUGCCAUCUAUCAGUGCAUGGCUGAGAAUAGCCAGGGGUCUAUUCUGUCCAGGGCCAGGCUUACCGUAGUUAUGUCAGAAGACAGACCCAGUGCACCCUAUAACGUCCAUGCUGAAACGAUGUCAAGUUCAGCGAUCCUGCUAGCAUGGGAGAGGCCCCUGUAUAAUUCAGACAAAGUGAUUGCGUACUCCGUACACUACAUGAAAGCAGAAGGUUUAAACAAUGAAGAGUACCAAGUGGUCAUUGGAAAUGAUACAACCCAUUACAUUAUUGAUGACUUGGAGCCCGCCAGCAACUAUACCUUUUAUAUCGUAGCUUAUAUGCCUCUGGGAGCCAGUCAGAUGUCAGAUCAUGUGACUCAGCACACCCUCGAAGAUGUUCCCUUGAGAGCUCCUGAAAUUAGCUUGACAAGCCGGAGUCCUACAGAUAUUCUCAUUUCUUGGCUGCCAAUCCCAGCAAAAUAUAGGCGAGGCCAAGUGGUCUUGUACCGUCUGUCUUUCCGUCUCAGCACUGAGAGCAAAAUCCAAGUCUUGGAGCUUCCCGGGACUUCAGAUGAGUAUCUCCUCGAAGGCCUGAGGCCUGACAGUGUCUACUUGGUUCGUAUCACUGCCGCAACAAGGAUUGGCUGGGGAGAAGCGUCUCUGUGGACUUCCCACCGGACUCCCAAAGCUACAAGUGUGAAAGCACCAAAGUCUCCUGAGCUGCGUUUGGAGCCGAUGAACUGUACAACCAUAACAGUACAGUGGCAGCAGGACUCCGAGGACACUGCAGCUAUUCAAGGGUACAAGUUAUAUUACAAGGAAGAAGGUCAACAGGAGAAUGGACCAAUUCUGUUGGAUGCCAGUGAUCUUGAAUAUACUGUCAGUGGUUUAGAUCCCAGAAGAAAGUAUCAUGUAAGGCUGCUGGCAUAUAACAGUAUGGAAGAAGGUUAUCAGGCAGACCAAACAGUCAGCACCCCGGGAUGUGUCUCUGUCCGUGAUCGGAUGGUGCCACCGCCACCACCCCCUCACCACCUCUAUGCCAAAGCUAACACUUCAUCUUCUAUCUACCUUCACUGGGGAAAGCCUGCCUUCACGUCUGCACAAGUCAUUAACUACACCAUCCGCUGCAACCCGGUGGGGCUGCAGAACGCUUCUCUGGUUCUCUACCUUCAAACGUCAGAGACUCACAUGUUAGUUCAAGGUCUUGAGCCAAAAACCAUGUAUGAAUUUGCAGUUCGGCUGCAUGUGGACCAGCUCUCUAGCCCGUGGAGUCCAGUGGUUUACCAUACUACUCUUCCAGAAGCACCAUCUGGCCCUCCAGUGGGAGUGAAGGUGACUUUGAUAGAGGAUGAUACUGCUUUGGUUUCCUGGAAGCCACCUGACGGUCCUGAAACAGUUGUUACACGAUACACUAUCCUCUAUGCAUCCAGGAAGUCUUGGAUUGCUGGGGAAUGGCAAGUGUUGCACAGAGAAGGAGCAAUGACCAUGGCUUUGCUGGAAAACCUUGUAGCAGGAAAUGUCUACUUGGUCAAAAUAGCAGCCUCCAAUGAAGUGGGAGAAGGACCCUUCUCAAAUGCGGUGGAACUUGCUGUCCUGCCAAAGGAGACAUCAGAGUCUAAUCAGAGGCCUAAACGCUUGGAUUCAGGAGAUUCCACAACUUAUUCUGACUAUUACCAUCUGGACCAGAAAUCAAUGACUGGCAUUGUUGUCGGAGUGUGCAUAGCCUUGACCUGCAUCCUUAUCUGCAUCCUGAUCUUAAUUUAUCGCAGUAAAGCCAGGAAAACAUCUGCUCCUAAACCUGUGCAGCAAAGCACUGACCAGCUGUCACAUACCAGCAUCUCAUUAGCCAGUGCUAAUGAGGUGGGGAAGAGUAUUGAAGGAAUUGCAGAGAAUGAAGAAUCCUUAUUGCCAAUGAUAGUGGGAAACAGUUUCAUCGAUGCUAAGGGAGGAUCUGAUCUGAUUAUCAACAGCUAUGGGCCUGUCACAAAGGCCAGCUGCAAGAAAAGGUGGCUGUUCUUCCAAGAUACCAAGAAGGUGAAAACAGAGGAGCCUCAGAGAAGAUUUGUCCAGGCAGUGUGUCUAUAUCAGCCAGGUACCACUGUGCUGAUCAGUGAGGAUGACUCCCCCAGCUCCCCCAGCCAGCAGUCGAAUUUCCAGGUGCCAUUCGGUGUUGUCGCCGAUACGGAGCAUUCGGCCAAUAGUGAAGGAAGCCACGAGACUGGAGACUCUGGGAGAUUCUCUCAUGAAUCCAACGAUGAGAUACACCUCUCUGCUGUGACAAGUGACACGCCUCCCGCCACCAGUCCUUUUGUAGGCAGUGACUUGGGUACGAACGUGAUGAACCCUGCCUUAAGUAACUGCAAAGAGUGUCCUCUGCCAUUUGCUACUGACCAGACUCCUACCUCAUCUGCUCAGAUGCAGUCUGCAGUGCACAACUGACAUCCUUAGGGCCAGCCAGACAUCCUCCCAGUAUAUGUCUGUUCGAAGGACAAUGAACAGGAAGCCAAAGUUUUUUGUGGAAAGCCUGACUAACCUAGCAGGUGAUCCCAUAUUUCUGUUGAAUGUUUUUUUUUCUUUUUUGUUUUUAAAACUCACUCAUUUUGAAUGUUCAGUAGUCAACAAAUGUGAAAGGACAGUGAAUAUUUCUGACUAGAGUUAAAAAUGUAUCACUGGAGCAAAGGGAAGGCUGUUGGCCUUUUUGCUGACUAUCUACCUCAGUUUGCCGAGAGGUGAACUCUGAAUGACAACUGCUUUACCUCAUUUGUGUUCUAGUUGGUCUCAGCUAUGGAACUGAUGAUACUUCCUAGUAGUGUUGUUUUAUUUUGAGUUUCUUUUUUUUUGGUUGCAUGUAGAGUGUGUGUGUGUGUGUGUGUGUGUGUGUGUGUGUGUGUGUGCGCGCGCACACAUGUGCGCACUCAGUGAUCAGGGAGUUGUAUAGGUAGAUGAACAAGAUUGUUUAGCUGAAGCUCUGUCUUUAAAAAGAAGGAAACCUCAGAGUAUAAAAUGUAAUGAUUCAACGUGGCUGACUCAAAGGAAGUUAAAAACUGAGAAAACUGGAGUUGGUGUUUUCAUGUAUGCAGCCACAUCAAAUCUUUUGUACCUCUUGGUUUCUCGUAGUCCCAGUAAGCCUAGGACAGUGCCUUUCCCCCCAAAACCUGUGCCAGCAACUGCUGACAGGGUCUAUGCUAAAUCCUUAGGGCUCUGGGAUGUGUUGGGUUCCCCAAAAUGACAAAACAUUGCCUCUGUUGACAGUUAAUGCUAAAAAGCAUGGCAAAACGAAGAAGUAUUUAGCAUUUCCAGCCAGUUUGUCUCUGCUUGAGAGUCAUGGAAGAGAUAGUAGUGCUGAGUAUUCCAGUAUCUCAGUACUUCUUAGCAACGGUGCCUUGCGUUAUAGAUUAUGAAAUUACUGAUUUGCCUUAUGCCUUUUUAGUAUUCAUAAAGUUGCUUUGGAGUACAGAAAGAUGCCUUAAAUGCUUCUUAGAUGUUAUCAAGUGAACUGUGUCAUAAGUCUAUAGUUCAUUUUUACCCAGCCUUGAGUGCAGGUACUGCUAGCACUGCCGUGUGUCUCGGAGCUGUUGUUGGGAUGCAGCGCUGCUCCUUGCCUUUGCCUAUUAUGCUCUUAGCCAGGAAUUUUAGCUCAGGGAGUGACUUCACCCACAUGCCAGUCUAAAACUCUGAUUAGUCCACCAUGAGAAAUAGAAAGCCAGAGCUUUAGUUGAAGAGUCUGUUGAAGGAGGUGAGUAUUGCUACUGCCUUGAACCCAUACAAUUCCUGUUUUAUACUACCUCCUUUAAAAGUUAUUCGAGUGUUUUUUAUUUUUUUUCCUGUACUCAGGGAACAGUUUGUUACUUUUGAGCUGCCUCACAGAAAUGUGGAGCAAACUGACAGGGUAUCUUGUUUUGUUUUUUAAUAGGAAAGAGGAGGUUGGAUUCAUACAAUGUUAUAAACUUGCCCAUAUGCAUAUACAGUCCUGUUCUCGCUGCCUCCUCUUUCCCCAUUUUACUUAAAAAAUAAAAAUUAAAAAAAAAUAGACAUUUGUUUUUACUUAAAAAGUUUAAAGUGUGACGUUGCGACAAAGCAACUGUAGGGACUCCUGGCUCUAUUUAGGUCUGUCAGAACUCCUGCUGACUUAACUGGGGCCAAGACGUCACCGUAAGGUAGGCAGGCUGACUUUUGUGUUGUUCCUUACCUAUGAAAGAUGGUCAGAAGUCAUCGAUAAGCCCUACUGUUUUGUCUGCUUUAUUUCGAUGAAUCAGCCUGUAGUUACUGUAGAUCUUCAGCUUGUAGCUGUUUGCUAGUUCUAAAACAGCCAGUCCAUGCCCACCUUUUCAUACUAGUGUUGAUUCAGAGGCUUUGAAAAUAAUCUUGUACCAAAGAAUUUUCUGUAGAAGGGAAGAAAGCUGCAUAUUUUCCAAAAAUGAUUGAACUAGUUAAAAACUAUAGGUUUGAAGAGCUGAAUACAUUUUAUUGUAUAAGUAGUUACUAACCAAAAACAAUAGGGCUUCUAUUGAUUGUAGUAGUUGUUUGCAUAGAUGAGUUGUAUGCUUCUACAAUUUUUAACUACCUUGUUGUUGCAAGAGCCUUUAAAGAAAGUUAUAAUAUUACCAGCAGAUAUCUCCAAAGACUUCCAAGUGUAAUGUUUUUCUUCAGCAUGUAGUUGAUCAACAAUACAGUAUUAAAUAUAAUAUUUUUGAACAUUUUUUAUCUACUUGCUGAAGAAAAAGAAAACCUUUUCACCAAAGAUUUAUUUUUGGUCUCAUCAGGCAGAAUGUUUAGUGUACAGCAGAGUACUGUUUCUAGUUAGGUAAAGUGUGAAUUAAUUGACACUAGGUUAAGAAUGUGUAACUGUAGCAUGAAGUUUCACACUUCGUCUUUCAGAUUAGCCUCUUUUAUUAGUUUCAUUGGGAAAGAGCUGAUAUGCAGAUGGUAACUAUUUGCUUCUCCAAAGACUUGUUUGCUGUAAGUACUGAUAAAUUGAUAUCUUGAUUGAUUAAAUUGAUUGGUAAUUUUUUGCCCUUCAUUAGAGGUAAAUAUUCUAAAUCCUAAACUUUUUCGUACCAAAGACACACUUUGUAGUUUAACCUGUGAAUAAUUUGAGAGGAACAGACUUCACAUAACAUUUAUCAGUCUAAUAGAUGCUCUACUUUCAGUAGUCGAAGAGAUCAAAAUAUUCAAUUUAUUAAAGAACAGUACAUCCAGAAUUCUAUUUGUCAGUUAAUGUUUUUUCUCAAAGUACUUUUUAUCAGCAAAUAAAGAAAACCAAAGAUAUUUAAGGUUACCUCAGCAUAUAGGCAAGCUUAGUUAGACAUUAAUUAUUCUGUUUCUUUUUCUUUAUUUUUAUGUUAACCAAAUAUAAUAUGCUUCUUCAGAACUCUGUUCACAUUCAUAUGCUUCCCAUUACUUUGUCAUACAGUUAAUUCUAGAUUUAUUUACAUUUUUCUUCCAGAACAAAAAAUAUGAUCUAAUCAAAGAUUUCUGGCCUAUUAUUAAUUUUUCACAAUAUUUUGCGAGAAAUCGUCUUACUAUUAAAAAGACCACCAAUGUGAGCAAAGAAAUCUCCAGAAAAACUGUAUAUAAUUUGAUAGUCUGUACUGAACUCAGCAAAAUUCCUCCUGAUUGAAACACUGCAAAAUCAGGCUUAAAGUUUAAAUGCUUCAUAUCAUUGAGGCCAAAGCAUCUAAUUAUAGGUAUGAUAUUAAUGCAUGAAGUUUCUUAAAGUUAUACCUGUUGCAGACUAAGGAAAUCACAGGUUUUCAUGUGUAAACUUAAUUCAUUUCAUUUGCCUAGAGAGAGCUGGCAGAGCUCAACAGGCAAAAUGGUUACGGGUUUUCCAGUAAUUUUUCUUGGUUAUGUCUGUGGUAACUGGGUCCUGGAGAAAACAUUAUCAUUUUCUAAUUAUGAAUUUUACUAAAUAUGUUCUGGAAGAUGAACAUAAAUGUGGAAUUUAGUGUUACACUAUGUGAAUUGAUUUUUUUUAAUUGUAUUAAGAGCUAAAGAGCCAUGGCUGGUGUAAUGAGCGUAUAUGCAACCCCUGUACUUCAAAAACAAAACAAAAAUGUUACUGUUGAUGUGACUUGAAAAGCAUCAAAACUUAGAGAGGGAAUCUUGAAACUGGCUUUCCAGGUCAACUGUGUUUCCAAGUGAGGACUCUGAUUGCCCUUCCAUUACAACAGUAACGCCUGCUCUGCAGGGUCUGGAUCCAGACCAAACUGCUCAGUCUGCCCAGAGUUACACUUUUUAUUUUCUUCACGUUUUACAAGGAAAUAGCAUUCCCAUCUUUCAGGAAUUAGCUAGGAAAAUUGGGAAUGUGUAUGCCAUGCAGACCUGGGCUAUAUCAGUAGAUUUUUUUAAUAGCUCUGCUUUUAUAAAAGAAACUUGAAAAUCUACAUAUCACUUAAUAAUUUUCCAUAGUAAUUGUCCUUUUUCUGCCUAAUUUAUUGGAUUUUAACAGAAAAGAGUAUUGAGAGAUUCCUGUACCUGUUUCUAUUAUAUUUAAUACUUCCUUCCCUCUUUGGUUUUAUCCCUUGCUUUAGACUAUGAGCUAAAUCUCAUUUGCCUUGUUCAAAUUGGGGUCCUCAUCCUUUUUCUUUUAAAGUCAGUGGGAGAAUUCACUUUCAUUUCAGUGAUGAGAUCCACAUAGGGUUCUGCUGAUUUCAGUUCGUGUGAUCUGGACAAACAAAAUCAGAUGUUACUUUUUUUUUUUUUUUAAGAUCUUCUCAGUGUUACUACUUUUAAAGGACAGAAUUCUUAAUUGUUAAAACUCCGAUUAGCAAACAGGUUUUUGCAGAAUAACAAGUUACCAUGCACCAGAAGUCCACUGUAACUCUGUAUGCAUGCAGCCUUAGCCUCUAGCAAGUACUGAGUAUUUCAAGUCAGUUUAACUCUUUUUCAGUGCAAACUAACUCAACUUGAACUACUUAACAUUUGCUGCAGCUUGAACAUGCAUAAGAAUAAUUAUGAUGGACUGUCUGGGUCUCGGUAAUGUGUAAAUCUGAAGCAAUUUGUAAGCCCUGAGCAAGAGCAGGAGCUCUUGCUCUUUGUAUUUGUUACAGAGUGAAGUUCUGAGAGAAAAAGUCCCUUUCCUUACAAGGGGAAUGAUUUUCAGUUCUGUAGGUUUAGCCCAAAACCUCAUUCAGACCAACUGAAAAGGUAGCUGCCCAGAUGUAACUCUGGUGGUAUUUCACAGAAGUCAAUUUACUGGAUUUAUUCUGUUAAAAUUGAAUGCAGAAUUUCACCCAGUAAGUGCUAAAGAGGUACUUCAUAGUUUAAAUAACUGUAAUGCAGUUCAUCUUUAGUUUUUACUUGCUGCAGCACUGCCAAUACAGAGUAAUUCCUAAUGGAGAGGUAUUUGACUGUCUCCAAGAAAUACUGAGCGCCUCUCUAUAAUAACAAUAAUUACAAAUAUACUUUUCAUGAAAAUGCAUAUUUUGGAGGCUGUGUUAAAAAACACUGUUCUUCAAUGUGAGUCCAAAAUCCAAAUCACUUUCUGUUAAAAUGAUCACUUUCUGUUAAUAUAAGUCCAUCUUAAAAGACCACAAAUUCAAUUUGGGUAAAAAUCUGCUCUCAGUUCUGAUAUAAAUGAAGAUUAACUUUAUUUCUGUGGAAUUUCACUAGAUUUACACUGAGACUGCUCCUAAUUUACUCCAAGGGGACAUAAGCUCAUGUUUAAUGUUUUGCUUUAUUGGGCCCUCUGGUUCCAUUGUGAGUUGAGCUCAUUAUGGAAUUUUUCAGACUUUCCACUGUUACAUAUACCUACGUUGCAUCUGCCUGGUGUAUUUUCAGUAAAGACUGACUGUAUAUGAAAAACUUACUUAUACAAAAUGUUGCUUUUUGAUUGUUUGACUUUCGUGGUUUUUUGAUUUUUUUUUUUUAACGUUGUGAAUGAAUUGCCAGUGUAGGAGCCAGGUAUGUAUCUCAUAUUGUGGUGUUCUGGAUCCUUUCACUCCGUGUGCCAUUUUCUUCUAAGGGCAGCAAUGGCUGACUGGCUAAUGGAGGAUGGAGCUGAAUUGUAUUAAUUUUAUAUUUGUCUCAGGGGAUCAGCUCUGUGAAUUCCAUUGCAUGAGGGAGGCUAAUGUUUGCCCUGAUUUGAAUGUAACUUUUUAAUGUCUUUUAAAAAAUAUUUUGUUUAAUAAUGUGGAUUUGUUUUUCUCUUUAUAGCAUUUUAGUGAAUGUUAUCUAGUGUGUUGGUUCUUUUUUUCCCCUCCAGGGUUGUUUAUAUGCUACCCCAAGGUCAUGCCAAAAAUUAAUAGAAGUUUAAAUGCCAAAUGUUUAUGAAACUGCUGUCUGAAUACUGAUUGAUUGCACAGUUUAAAUAAAAGUUUUCCUUAGUAAAA